AUGAGCGAAAACCAAUCGCUGAUAUGUGAAAAAUUGAAUUAUAUUAUGGAAAAUUCCACACCCAAAUGCGAAACAUCGGCACAGCACCAGUUAUUACGGGAAUGCAAAGUCUCGAUUAAGAAGGUAGAACAUUCCGUCUGUCGAAUGACAGGAGAGCUGCGAGAUAAGCAUAUGGACGAUGUUGCGAGUGCAUUGCCUCUCCAGACCUCAAUAGCAGUGUUAAAUGUGGAGGACAAUCUUAAAAUACCAGAGUACGCGCGGGCAAUGACAUCACACCUGCAUAAAAUUAAAGGGGUUUCCGAAGAUGUUCCGUCCGUCGUCAGACAGAUUUUUACGGAUAAAUUGAUGGGCGCCUACAACUGGGAUGGCAGAUGCGAAAAGCAGGCCUUGGUCAAGCUUAAGCUGUUUGAUUCCUUUCUACGAGAAAUCUUCAAACUACAAGGAAGUUUCGAUUUUGAACGAGGCGUUAAAAAAGCAGUGGAACUUAGCCAUCACCGGAUGUCGCAAAAAAAAUUUGCAAAGAACGACUGUGUAGCGAUCGUUUAG